AUGUAUAGACGGUUUAUACCCAACAUUAUAAUCACCGGGACUCCGGGUUGUGGGAAGACUUCUCAUUCCGAGCUGCUCUUGUCUGUUCUCAACGACAAAGCUGAGGAUUCUAGGAAAUUUCAACAUUUUUCAGUUUCUGAUAUUGCCAAAGAACGUAAAUGUAUCGAAAGCUACGACGAGAAAUUGGACACGUCAGUAGUGGACGAAGAUAAGCUCUUAGAUUCCCUUGAACCUGACUUAGAAAAAGGUGGCAUAUUGGUAGACUGGCACUGCUGUGAUAUCUUUCCAGAAAGAUUGAUUGACUUGGUAGUCGUCUUGAGGACAAACAACUCGUUGUUGUAUGAUAGAUUGAAAAAGAGAGGCUACAAGGACAACAAGAUCCAGGAGAACAUCGACUGUGAGAUUAUGGAGGUCAUAGCUCAGGAUGCGAGAGAAUCAUAUCUUCCUGAAAUAGUCAUAGAGUUAGAAUCCAAUUCUGUAGAGGACAUGGAGGAAAACGUAGACAGAAUCGCUGCCUGGACUAUAAAUUGGAUUAACGAUCAUCCAAAGGGUGUUACCAACGAAUUGGAUCCAGAACUAGUAGCUGCAAUCAAUGCUGAAGAUGAAGAUGAAGAUGAAGAUGGUGAAGAUUAUGAAGAAGAAGAAGAAGACGAUGAAGAGGAAGACGAAGAAGACGAAGAUGAAGAGUAA